AUGUUCGGAGCAAAUAAGCCUGCCUUUGGUGCCACUUCCAGCUCUGCUUUUGGACAAAGUUCUUCGCUGUUUGGAGCCACGUCGAAUCCUCAAACACAGCCUACUUCAAACCUGUUUGGUCAACAGUCAGGUGGUCUCGGUGGAACAAAUAAACUUUUCACUGGGAACCAGAUGAAUGCGUUGUCGUGGGGUUCCACAAGUAUGACCUCCAAUGGGACGUCACUUGCAUUUAAUCCACCCAUUACAACCGAAAUAAUGCAACGGGGUGGUCAGUCCUCCCAAGUAAAUGCAAAACAUAUGUGCAUCACCGCUAUGAAAGAGUAUCAGGAUAAAAGCCUAGAGGAACUUCGCCUAGAGGAUUAUUCUUUGAAUCGCCGUGGUCCAUCAACAUCAGCGGGUGGGACUUCAAUCUUUGCCACCUCAUCCACUGCGAAACCGUUUCAAUUCGGAUCACCUCAAAUGAAUACAACAACAUCUAUUUUUGGUCAGACUAGUAAACCUGCAAAUACUUUGUUUGGUGCUUCAGCCAGUGGUGUUAGUAGCAGCAAUAGUAUGUUUUUUGGAGGUACAGGGACUCAAUCAGCCUUUGGACAAACUUCCCAAGGAGGUCUUUUGGGUUUGAAACCUCAAUUCGGCGCUGCAACUGCUCCAAGUAUAUUUGGUUCGACUCCCGCAUCUCAAUCAACUGGGUUUGCCUUUGGUCAAACAAAUCAAACAACAUCUGUCUUUGGUGCGAAACCCUUGUUUGGCACCACUUCAGCAGCUGGUACUGGUACUUCUCUUUUUGGAACCGCGCAAGCCACAACACAACUUGGAAAUACUGGAUUUUCAUUUGGUCAACCACAGCAACAGGCCACUGGAUUAGGCACUUCCACUAGCUUUUUCGGUCAGUCAAAUCAGGCAGCAUCUGCUGCCAAGCCUUCGCUUUUUGGGACUCAGCCAACAACCGGUACUGGUCUUAUGUUCGGAUCACCGUCUACCGGCAUUUUUGGAGGAGCUAAACCUGCGGGAGCAACAUCAGUAUUUGGUGCUCCCGCAACUGGAUUAACAGGUUUGCAAGGGACUCAACAGCAAACUGGAUUUACAUUUGGCUCUCCAUUGGGCACAGCUGGUGGAUUGCGACCUGCCGGCACGACAGGUUUAUUCGGAGCGAAUACAGCGGCUACAACUUCCACUGCCCUUAAACCUGGUGGUUUAUUUGGAUCUGGUACGUCCACUGGUUUUGGUUUUGGGACUGGUUUAAAUAAUCAACCCACCGCGUUUGGUAAUCUUGGCACAACAUCUUCAGCUGGAACAACACUAUUUGGUCAACCUGCUACUAGUAGCCUAACAGCUAAAAAGCCUUUCGGUUUUGGAACAGCUAAUGCUACUGGCAUUGGAUCGUUCGGUUUUAAUCAACCUAAUACUGGAACUAGUUUGUUCGGUGCACCAGCCGCAGCUACAGGUUUCAGUUUAGGAACUGGGGCUACUUCAGGACCUUUGUUUGGUCAAACUAGUACAGGUUUUGGUCUUGGCCAAAAGCCAUUGCAGAACGUUCCUGCAGGUAGUGCAUUUGGUGGUGGCUUUGGUUUGGGAGCAAGUACGGCACCAACUAUUGGAAGUUUGGGAAAUAAUCUUUUUGGCACUAAUGUUGGUACUCAAGGUUUAGGCUCUACUGGAGUUCAACCCAUUGGCUCAUCAUUAACUGGAUUUGGCACUAUCAAUGCAACAGGUUCUGCUUUCGGCCUGGGUUCCAAUGAUCAAGUUGCUCAGUCUAUAAAAGCUCAACAACAAGUUCUAGAAGUUGUUCGUAGUAUGCCAUAUGGUCAAUCUUCACUAUUUCGUUACUUAAACUUACCCACAAAUCCUGCUUCUAAUGCAGAUUCAAAAGCUCAAGUUCCUGGAGCUAUAACGCCCAACACUUCUACUUCUGGAAGUGUUAUUGUACCAGCUAAAUAUGUGGCCACGAUGUUUGCUGAGCGUAAUAGAGCUGCAGGACUCUUAGUUGGAUCUAGUCCAACCAGUUCUGGUUUGAAUGGUAGUCGUGUUUCUGGUUUUCGUCGUCCUGCUAAUUCUAAUACUCGCCUCCUGCAGGUAGCGAAUCGCAACAAGUUGUUUUCAGGUUUUUAUGAAGAAGAUGCUUUAACUAGUAAUCACAAUUCUCCUUUGUCAUCAGGUCUUCGACGUACCGCUUCAUUAGGACCGACAGCCGUUUUAAGCCCUGUAAAUAAUAAUAACACUAAUUUCUUUGUUAAACGAGGAGAAUGGAAACAUUUACAUCUUCCUGAAAAUGUAAGAAAUUCAAUAUUGGAACGGUCAAAUGCUAUAACAAAUGAAUUAAAUCAAUUGGCUGAAUCAUCUUUAGAUAAUAAUACAGUACAUUCUGAUUUGACAGUAAAUACUAAUACAUCAAAUAAACAAAUCUCUGCUUCCUCUGGUGAUAUUUCACUGAAAGAAGUAAAUAAAUCUAAUUUGUCGUCACUAGAUCAAUCUGUUGUUAGUAGUACCGUGGAUAAGAAAUUGACUCCUGUUACAACAAGUGAAUCAUCGAGAAAUUUAUUAAAUAAUAAUAUCAAUAGAAAAACUAUUAAUUCUCCAUUGAAUAAUCAUAUUCUUCAACAGAAUAAAAUUGAUAAUACAAUACGAGUACGUGAUACUUUGCAAGGAAGUAUACAUGAAAAUAACACUGAUUCUAUAUUGUCCAGUCCAUCAAAUAUUACUUAUGAUGAUAUUUCUAUACUCAGAUCACCUAAUUCAGAACAAGUACAUGGUGAUGGUGAUACAUCAGAUUGGGAUCAACUAAGCUAUUGUAAACCUAAUACCAUCACUACAUUGAAUGCUUCUGGUGUAAUUUUAACAAAACCUGGUUAUUAUACUUUACCUACGUUAGAUGAAUUAUCUGAAAUGGUAAUUGAUGAAAAAUGCUUAGUAGAAGACUUUGUAAUUGGUCGUCGUCUUUAUGGACAUAUACUAUUUCCGGGGUUUACUGAUGUUUAUGGACUUAAUUUGGAUAAUAUUGUUCAUAUUCGUCGACGUGAAGUUGUUGUUUAUCCGGAUGAUGAAAAGAAACCUCCUGUUGGUACUAGUUUGAAUAAACGAGCCGAAGUUUGUUUGGAGUCUAUUUGGCCUACAGAUAAAUCUACAAGAGAACCGAUCAAAUCGCCUGAACGACUAGCUUUAAUGCAUUUUGAAGAACGUCUGGAGAAGGCUACUAGAAGAAUGGAUGCCAGAUUCAUUGAAUAUCGACCAGAAUCUGGUUCUUGGGUUUUUGAGGUCAAACACUUUUCCAAGUAUCGGUUAGAUGAUUCAGAUGGUGAAGCUGAAGAUAAAAAUUGUGAUUCAGACUCACUGAACAAAUCACAAAAUGUUUCGAAAGCCGCUGAUUUCAAAGCAAAAUGUCUAUUCGAUAGUGACCAAUCAAUCAAUGAUGAUGCAUUCAAUAUCAUUCAUAGAAAUGAGAAAAUUGGAGCUUUUGAUUCAGACCAAGGAACACUCAAGGAUUUCCAAUUAAAGAGUAUGAAGGUUAUUGAUCCUCAAUUCGAUCAGCAAAGUGAUUUUUACAUCCCCCAAAUAUUCCGCACCUUACCAUCGUGUCCCAUUUACGAUGGUAUUGCAUUGUACGAGGAUGAUAAAUUAGAUCAACGAAAUGAUCUACCACAAAGUCUACAGUUGUCAAUUAUGGAGAUGAAAAACAAUUUGGAUGUGAUUAAUGGUAACAACUUCUUAAUGAAUUUGUACCCGUAUGAAAAUAUAACAAAAAUAUGUGAUACAGUGUCACUGAAACCUGGCACAAAUCAUGAUAAUAUGACAUUGUUAAAUCAUGUUUCACAUUGGAUAAUGGAUGCUGGUCUUUGGCAUGGUCAUGGUAUGCGGCCAUCUUUCAGUUAUUCACGGUUUCCUGAAUUCCAUUCUAUGGUACUAGUUUGUCCAUCACCGCGUGGUAAUCAGUACAAUGAUGAGGUGAAUUUUGAUCUAACCAAUUCCAUUACAUUCUUCACAUUACCAUCACCGAUCGAAUUAUUCGAUGAGGAUAUGCUUAAUUCAGCUUUGACUACAUCUAUGCGAGUUAUACAAACUGGUAGUAAUUCAUUACAACCACCAUGUAAUCAUUGUCCUUUAUGGCGUCCCAUUAUUGGUUUAACAGCUUUAGAGUCUUAUACACGUAUAUUGAAUUGUGAUCCUUUAAAUAAUAUCAAUGUGAAUUUUCAUGAAUCUGUUGAAAAUGAAAAACUCAGUGCUCGACUAACUGGUUUUAAACGAAUAUUCAGUCUUUGUCAAGCACUUUGGGGACGUCAUCCACAAGAAGCUGUCGCUGAAGCAAUGGCUGAAACUGACAGCUCCACUGAUAAAAUCUUCAAUACUAAAUUAAUCAAUUCUGAUUUUCCUAUUUUAACUGACACUAGUCAACUUUGGAAUAAUGGUGAAUGCAUUAGUAAUGAAGUUUAUCGCAAUUAUAAUUUGGUGAAUUAUCCUAUCAGUAUGUUUCGUGAAAUUUCUGGUAUGCGUUCUUUAGCCAGGAAGCAAGCUGUUUCAGAAUGGAUUAGAACACAAUCAUUUCCCUGGUUGAAAUCCAAAUUGGAAUCUUUGCGUUUAAUAGAAGCAAGUGGUCUGAAUGAAACUGCAUCUGAUUCGUUUGAAGCGUUUUCCAUAUCUAAACUCAAUUCCAACAAUUAUGACAGUGAUAUUUUAGCACAAGGAAUAUUUGCUUGUUUGGUAUCAGGUGAAUCGGGUGCUGCGUGUCGUCUGGCCAUUGUAUCCAACAUGCCAGCUUUAGCUUCGUUAUUAGCACAGUUAACUGCCGGUGAUCCAGUCGUUCGACGUGGUUUACAACAUCAGUUGAAUAAAUGGCAUGAGAUAAAAUUUGAUCAGCAUAUCCCCAUUAAUAUGCUUCGAGUGUAUUGUUUAUUAGCUGGAAUUACAGAGUUCCCACAUCCUUCAAAUUCUUCAAAUAUUUCUGUACUUGCUGAACUUGAUUGGAUUCAAGCAUUCGGUGCACAUAUAUGGUAUAUAUGUGAUUACCAGGCAAAUUUAGGUGAGAUUUUAUCUGUGUACAGUGACACUUGGCAUUCUGAUCAAAAGCCUAAUACAAAACAAGGAGUACCACGUCCAAGUCCACCAACAGUUGACAAACUUAUCAAUCCAAAUCUUGCUGUUUCGUCAGUCAAGGACUAUCCUAUUAAUGAAGAGACGGAAGACUUCAUGUCACAUAAAAUCUCUUUACUACCUACACCAUCGUUAACUAAACCUGAAUCGUUUGUGGUUAAUCGUUUGGGCGUUCCCGUUCAUUGGAUUCACGAAGCAAAGGCUAUAUUAGCAAGACAUCGCUUAAAAGCCUACCUGCGUAAAACAGGUUUCAAUACUGUUUCACAACAACGUACUUUAAACUCUACGGAAGAUCGUAGCCAGUUUUGUAUAUUUGCAAUGCUUGAAGCAAGUCAUUGGUUUGCUGCUGGACGUAUUCAAGCUGCAGAUGAAGUUUUAUCAAAGUAUAUACUACCGGAGCUUAUUUUACAUACGAAUAUUUCACCUUACUCAGCUUUUCAGCUAAGAUUCGAAUCAGUAUACUCUGCACUAGGUCAUCGUAUUGCUCGCUUGCUUGAGCCCUAUAAUUCCUUAGCAGAAAAUUGUUUACCAAGUGAUUUUCAUUCAGGCGUUGGUGUUUAUCGAUCUUUCGGUGAAUUACUUUGCCUAGUAGAUGAACUUACAAAUUUUUGCAAAGAAUCAUCACUACUAGAUAGUGUAUCGUAUAGUCCUAGCAAGAAAAAAUUGAAAGAAGAUACUGAUUUAACUAAACUAGAUAAUUUAGCAUCGAUUCUAACGAAAUUAAAGUCAAAAGUCCCCAGUGUAACAGAAGAGAUUAAUUUAAUGAAGAUCAAUUCAUUUAUUGAAAAAGUUGUACGCACAGAAAUGGCUGCCGUUUGUAUACAUUUAACUUCUGCCUUUCUUGCAGCUAGCUGUUUGGAAAACAUGAACGACGAGCAAAAUUUGUCGACAAAUGAAAUGAUUAAAAAUCAGGAACAAGGCACGUUAAAUUAUCUAGAGCAUCAACUUGUUUGUAUGACUAAAUUAGGCUUGCCAGCGGACUAUCGAUUGAAGGAACUUCGUGCAGUUGCAGAAAUUAAGUUGUCUUUAGGGGUUGUGUAA